AUGAGCGUACAGAUAUGGCAAUGCCACCACCACCACCAGCAGCAGCGGCAGCAGCAGCACCAGUCCACACGGCGUAGUCUUCCCGGGACGGACAGAGCGGAGACAUCAUGUCGCACACCUGGUCGGCGAAAGACCACAAAAACACGAGUCAGCCCGCCACGGGUGGACAGGCACAGAAGCGGCCGCGCAAUGACGUGGGGAACAAAGCGACGGUGGUGCUCGGUGCGCAGUGGGGAGACGAGGGCAAAGGCAAGGUCGUUGACUUGUUGGCGACUGAGGCGGACGUUGUCUGCAGGUGUCAGGGCGGCAACAACGCAGGACACACGGUGGUGGUGGACGGCAAGGAGUACGACUUCCACCUCCUCCCGAGUGGAAUCAUCAACACCAAAAGCAUAUCACUCAUUGGCAACGGAGUAGUCAUACAUCUACCCGGCCUGUUUGAGGAAGGUGAUAAAAAUGAUAAGAAAGGUCUUAAAGGCUGGGAUAAGAGGCUGAUCGUCUCAGACAGAGCUCACAUCGUCUUUGACUUCCACCAGGUUGUCGAUGGCUUACAGGAAACUGAGAGACAGGCACAAGAUGGAAAGAACAUUGGAACAACCAAGAAGGGCAUUGGACCGGCUUAUUCUAGCAAAGCUUCUCGCACUGGUCUACGUGUAUGUGACCUCCUGGGUGACUUCAAGGACUUCUCCACCAGGUUCAAGAACCUUGUCCACCAGUAUCAAUCCAUGUAUCCAGCCCUGACAGUUGACGUUGAGGACCAACUGAAAAAACUCAAGGAAUACGCUGAGAGAUUGCGGCCGAUGGUGAGAGACGGCGUCUACUACAUGUACGAAGCUCUUCAUGGAGCUCCGAAGAAAAUUCUGGUUGAAGGGGCCAACGCUGCUCUGCUAGACAUUGACUUUGGCACCUAUCCUUUUGUGACAUCAUCAAACUGCACCGUGGGCGGCGUGUGCACUGGUCUCGGCAUCCCCCCGCUGAAUAUCGGCGAUGUGUACGGCGUGGCAAAGGCCUACACCACCAGGGUGGGAAUUGGUGCAUUCCCCACAGAACAACUCAACGCAGUAGGAGAGCUGCUGCAGACAAGGGGUCAUGAAGUGGGUGUGACCACGGGGAGGAAGCGGCGUUGCGGAUGGUUGGACCUCGUCAUUGUCAGAUACGCGCACAUGAUUAACGGCUUCACAGCCAUUGCUUUGACAAAACUCGACAUUCUGGAUGUGCUGGAUGAAAUUAAAGUGGGAGUGGCCUAUAAACUCAAUGGAAAGAGAAUUCCCCAUUUUCCAGCCAACAUGGAUGUUUUGCACAAAGUAGAGGUCGAGUAUGAGACCUUCCCUGGCUGGAAGACUGACACAUCUGCAGCCAGGAAGUGGAACGACCUCCCAGCCAAGGCACAAAACUACAUACGCUUCAUUGAGAACCACAUCGGAGUUCCCAUCAAGUGGGUUGGUGUUGGAAAGUCCAGAGAAUGCAUGAUCCAGAUGUUCUAAAGGAAAAACCGUCACCUUCCCUCGAUGGAAGCACAGGCAAAGACAUCGUUUCAUCACCUAAAAGGAUCGUCUUCAUAUGAGUUAAUAAACAAAAACAUGUUAUUUAGCCUUUGA